AUGGAGACCACCACCGCUACAUCCACCAUCCACAUCGACUCCCUGUCUGCCGACAAUCAUUUCCUCAAAAUGGAAGACCUACACAACUCACCGCCCGCGACCUCGCCGUCGCCCUCGUUCGACACAUCAGCAGCCACUGGCUCGCAACAAUCACCGCCACCUGUCAUCGUCCACUCCAAGCAGGCCAAGAAGCGGAAGUCAUGGGGCCAGGAACUCCCUGAGCCCAAGACUGCACUCCCACCACGGAAGCGUGCGAAGACCGACGACGAGAAGGAGCAGCGUCGCAUCGAGCGCAUUAAGCGUAAUCGAGCGGCAGCGCACAACUCGCGCGAACGCAAGCGGCAAGAGGCAGAGACUCUUGCUGUGCAACUCGCACGGGCGAACGCAGAGCUCGAGGCCUACCGACGGCUUCACGGCCCUCUGCCUUCAAGCGUCGUCCUUCCCGAAGUCCACCUCAGCACAGACAGCAGCGACCCUGCAUCAACACCCGCUCCAUCACUCGUGGAGUCACACGGCUCUGUCAAGGACGCACCCAGCCCAGCCUCACCGGCUGAGAGCAUCUUCCACAACGCCAAGACCCCCUUGAUAAAGCAAGAACCCCUCGACUACAACUUCCCCACCACUCUCCCACCAGCCUUCGACAACCUCGACUCGAAGCCGUCUACUCUCUCGCCGCUGGACCUGACACAACAUUCUGCAGCAAUGUUGUGCGACCUGCCGUGUCGGUCCAGCAGCCUGAGCAGCAGCACGACUUCAGCUUCAUGGUGGACGAAUCUCUUCCUUUCUCUGAUGACUAUGCAACUCCAGACAUGCUACAAAACCCUCCUGGUGGCGAUCUGGAUGCUUUCGCCUUCACGGAUGGCGCGUAUGAUGCAAGCUUCAAUGGCUCGCUCUUCUCGUUUGACCAACUCAUCGACGACUCUGCAACCUUUGCGGUCGACGCGCAGGCGUCUGGCGCGGCAUAAUGCUGCGACGGGCCUGAGCGUCCCGCAACAAGGCGGCGCUCCUGCGCUUCAGCGGCAGUCGAUCGAACGGGUUAGGAAAGCGAGGGACGAGUUGGCGUCGAGGCAAGCACAGGCUCACCAGACUCAAUUGGCGUUAUUGGAGCGGAUUGGAAGGGAAGAUUAUCAACCACCGAUGAGUGAUGAGGGUCACGAAAGCAAUGGCGUUGGGCGUGGGGAAUCGACUUGA